AUGUCGCCGUUUCACGAUAAGACAACGACUGCACAUGGGGUUUUUCGUGAUGGGUCAUCACGAUAUAACACUUUACAGACUGGGAGAGAAACGCCACACAAGAGAGUUAAGAGCGGAGCUGACGGAAACAACGAGAAUCCAGCUGCAUUAUCUUCCCAGUUGUUGAUUGGUAGAACAACACCGCAAUCGCUUAUCCGAACUUACUCUGAGCCAAAUGGGUGGAACGGAGGAGACACGAUUCGGGAACCUUCUCCUGCUCGAGAUCGUAGAGCUAUGCUCGAAGACUGGAGGCGCAGAAAAGGUCGCCAUGUUACAGGCACAGACUCCACUUCGCGAAAACGUGUUAAGCGCAUGCCAUCUUCGUGCCGAGCAGGUUAUCAUAACAGAAACGAUCUCCAAGACACUCACAGCAGUACACUUCAGAAUAAAUCCCACGAUGAUAGAGACGAAGAAAACCCAAUCAGAAAAUACCUUGUGUCUUGUGCCACGCCUGGUCAAGGAAAGCUAGGAAGUGCUCGUCGAAGCAGCCUGAUGGAAAAGAGUGUCUUGAGUAGUACACCUGAAGUCCACAAAAAAGGAACUCAUCCAAGUUCAUCAAAUUCGGCACAGGUAGAUACCAUUGAUGACGCUGGUUUCCAAUCACAAAUGGAAAGGAUGAAGCGACGUUUGGAACAACUCGAAAAAGAGAAAAUGGAUUUGUCUAUGUCAAAGGCACCAUUGGAGGCAAGAAUUCGUCAGAAAGAAGACGCGUGGAUGAAAGAAAGGGCUCGUCUUAUGCAAGAAGUUCAGUGUUCAAGACUUUCGCUGCGGCAAGCAGAUGAUAAAUAUUGUGAUCUUCAGGUCCAGUAUGACCAGGCCCAUGAUGAACGCAUUCAACUUCGCCAAGAAUUACGAAAAGUCUCGAGCUCUCGUCAAAACUCUAAGGAUAUUGGGUUGUGGUCCAGAAAAAUUCAAAACGACCAGGAUCUUUGGGAUCUUAAAGAAAAAUUACGAGCAUCAGACGAAGAACUCAAGUCUACUCGAUUGGCAAAAACUUCGCUUGAAAAGGAGUUACAUGCGACAAAAAUUGAAUUGGACUGUUUGGAGCGCAACAACAACAAGAUGCAGGCUGAGUAUGAUGAAAUUGCAGCACAAACGUCAGACAACAGAGACGCAGAGAUUAAGCUGCAGGUUCUAACAGAAGAACAUAUGGCAACCUCAGCUGCUCUCAAUGCAGUUUACGCUGAAUUAGAUGCAACAAAAGCGAGAGCAGAAGCCACUAUAUCAGAAAAAGAUGAAACACUCAGAAAAGAGAUUGAGCAACUUCGAUUUGAUCUGAGUGUAAUGAAAACUCGAGCAAAUAAGGUACAACUUGAUUUGAACAAAUCGAUACAGAAUGCGGAAGAUGAAGAUGAGGCGGUACUUCGCGCGCGGAUCGAAGAGAGAGACCAGCGAAUCAUUGAACUCGAAGCGGAGCUCCUGAAAGGUGAAAAAGUUCGUCGACACAUGCACAAUUGCAUCCAGGAACUUCGUGGUAACAUCAGAGUUUUCGUGCGAACACGACCAUUUCUGCCAGGCGAUGAACAAGACAAAAACUCUCCCAUCAACAUUACACCAGAUGGUGAAUCGAUGUCAAUAAUCGAUCGUCGAAGUGGAAAGCCACUGAUUUUUCACUUUGACAAAGUGUUCUUACCUUCGGCAGGCCAGGAAACGGUGUUUCAGGAAGUUUCCGAUUUUGUACAGAGUGCACUAGAUGGGUACAACGUUUGCCUUUUUUCGUAUGGACAAACUGGGUCUGGAAAGACGCAUACUAUGCAGGGGUGCGGUAAUGGUCCGAUGAGAGGAAUCAUUCCCAGGGCUGUAGAGCAGCUUAAAGGAUUUGCUUGUCUCCAUGCACUCUGCACAAAAUUCCAUGCAUGGGCAAAAGCUUUCAAUCAAAAGAGAUAA